AUGAAUAACCCUACAGUGAACUUCACCACACCUGAAACAUCAACAAACUCCACAACUCAGUCUAUUGGGCCAAUGGACUUUGUGGAAAUCUGCAUACUCAGCAUGAAUUUCCUGUUUGGUCUUCCUACAAACAUCUACGUUAUAUUGCUCAUCAUCACAGGAACAGGAAGUGGAGUUGCAUCAGCGUUCUUCAACCUCAAUCUCUCCACUUGUGAGAUUGGUACCUGUCUAAAUGGUUUGCUCUCUAUACUGCCAAUGUACUUUUCAAGUCUCUCAUUGUUACCGGUGUUUCUACAAGGACUUAUUCUCACUGGUCGUCCUGUGUUUCAGUGUCUGAUGUGUGUUGAGCGUUACCUGGCAGUGGUUCAUCCUGUAACCUUUCUGAAGUACAAACCUCUCAGAUAUAGAGUGAUCUGCUGCACUGUUGUCUGGAUCAUUAUUCUUGGCUCCUGUUUCUAUAAUUUAUUUAUUGUAAUCUCACAAAACUUUCAUAUACACUUAUGGUUCUUCUCAACACAGUUCCUCCUCUUCUUCUCCAUCCAGUUGUUUUGUCUUGUGGCUGUUCUCAGAGCUCUGAAGCAGUCAGGACCAGGAGAGAGAGCGAGAGAGAGAGAGGAGGAAAACCACAUGAAGAGAAGAGCAUUUUAUCUCAUUCUAAUAACUACUGUGAGCAUGGCUUUUAUAUAUGUCCCAUAUCCUAUUACAGGAUUCUAUAUUAUUCAUACACAACAGAAUAAUCCUGCAUAUUGGCUCCCUGGUUUGGUAUGUUAUGGGCUGGCUGGUUUCGUUCAGCCUGUUCUUUAUCUUCACCGGACUGGAAAACUGCCUCUGUUCCUCAUUAGACCUGCAAUUGUGAUAUUUCACUGA